AUGGCUAAAGGCACCAGUUCCGCAAACAACGAGCAAUUGGGCGCAGAUGCAAGGCUGGGGGACUUGGCCAGUGGUCGCAGAUGCGACGUGAAGACUGCAGGAGUAGAGUUGUUUCUGCGGAGGAAUGAGCGCAGAAGCAGAAAGUCCUGGGAAGCAUGGAAAAUUGUGGAUCAUAAGCCAAUCAGGUAUGGAGUUGCUGAACUUAAUGGCAGUAGCUCCAUAAGUCAGAUGUCGCAAGCAUUACCAAUUCUUGUUCCAGAUGCCAAUGCAAGGAACAGUACAACUUCUGUGAGUGAAGUCAUGGUAAAUAUUGAAACUGCUGGGAAAAAUAGGGGUCAAGGAGGUGGAGGUGGAGGUGGAGGUGGAGGUGGCGGUGGUGGAGGAGGAGCUGGUGGUGGUGGAGGGAAUCAGGGCAAUUGCUGGGGAUGGGGAUGUUGGGAUCAUCCUCCGCCAGGCAACUAA